CCAGAGUCCGUACAACGCAGCUCGUCCUUCUCCCUUUCAAGCUCAUAUAUUAGCAGUCACACAGAGCGACAAGUCACCCUACAAUUGCAUCACCUUUCUUUCCCCCUCUACUUUUAAACCCCCUCCUGCCUGCAUCUCCUCCUACAUUCCACACUCUCUUGUAGGAAUGUCUGCUUUUGGUGCUGCCGCGACUGCUAAUACAAACCCUAAUAAAUCCAUCGAGGUUUCGCAUCCUCCCAGUGACUCAGUUUCGAGUCUCUCUUUCAGUCCCAAAGCCAAUUUUUUAGUUGCGACUUCUUGGGACAAUCAGGUACGAUGUUGGGAAAUUACAAGGAAUGGGACCAAUGUAGGCAGUGUUGCCAAGGCUUCGAUAUCCCAUGACCAACCAGUGUUGUGCUCAACUUGGAAGGAUGAUGGAACGACCGUCUUUUCUGGAGGGUGUGACAAGCAAGUUAAGAUGUGGCCUUUGCUCUCUGGUGGUCAACCAGUAACUGUUGCGAUGCAUGACGCCCCUAUCAAAGAGAUUGCAUGGAUUCCAGAGAUGAACUGCUUAGCCACAGGAAGUUGGGACAAAACCUUGAAGUACUGGGAUUUAAGGCAGGCAAAUCCAGUGCACACUCAGCAACUUGGUGAGCGCUGUUAUGCAAUGACGGUGCGGUAUCCUUUGAUGGUUGUUGGCACCGCAGACAGAAACAUGAUAGUUUAUAACCUGCAAAGUCCUCAGACUGAGUUCAAGAAAAUCGCUUCACCCUUGAAAUAUCAGACAAGAUGUGUUGCAGCCUUUCCUGAUCAACAAGGCUUCUUGGUCGGUUCAAUUGAGGGAAGGGUUGGUGUACAUCAUCUGGAUGAAGCUCAACAAAGCAAAAACUUCACCUUCAAAUGCCACAGAGAUAACAAUGAGAUAUACUCAGUCAACUCCUUGAACUUUCACCCAGUGCAUCAUACUUUUGCAACUGCUGGAUCUGAUGGUUCUUUUAAUUUUUGGGACAAAGAUAGCAAGCAGAGACUCAAGGCCAUGUUAAGAUGCCCUCUACCAAUACCCUGCAGUGCAUUCAAUAACGACGGCUCGAUUUUUGCAUACUCGGUGUGUUAUGAUUGGAGCAAGGGUGCUGAAAAUCACAACCCAGCGACAGCUAAGACCUACAUCUAUCUGCAUUUACCACAGGAAUCUGAAGUCAAAGGAAAGCCAAGGGCUGGAGGGACGACUAGAAGGUGAAGUGUCUCAGAAAGGCCGGGCAGAGAAAAAAUGGCCCUUUUUUUUUUUAUUAUUAACCGAGACACGAGUUGUCAAUAGAGUUUGGAUUAGUGACAAGAGUUCAUGUAGAUGAAUGAUUUUCCUAGCUUUAGGUCCCAUAUAGCGGUCCUGUUAUAUAGUAGUGCAUGCCAUGUUUGUUGACAUUUUUUUUUUUUUUGGUGGGUACGUAGUUUUGUUUUGGUAUUUAACCAAAUUAGAUAAAUCUUUAUAGUCAUUGACAGAAGGUUUAUGAUGGAAA